AUGGAAGGAGAAUCGGUGAUACCGUUGCUGAGAAACAUGUACAUAAAAAAUCGUUCGAGUUUUAUCGCUUUUUCCGUUCUGUUAAUAUUGACUGUAUCGGUGACGCGUAGUGCAGAUGAGCCCGCAGCAACAAUCAAGUAUAGCAUUGUCCAGGGAUGGGCGGCAAAAAUCGGCGGAGAGUUAGCGAUCUUAGGCGAUUUUAUAACUAGAAGAAUGAAAGUGGAAGAUAGUUUUAAGCAAGCGCAAGUAGUUAGCAAAAAUGGACAAAAAAUUGUGGAGGAAAUGGCCAAAGAUCUUAAGUACAUGAUGGAUGCGAAAGUUAGUGCUGUAAAGCGAAUCAUGGACACGGCCGAAAAUACGGCCAUCUCCUUCGGCGAGGACAAGGUGAACGUGAGUUUCCAGUACUACAACGCGAAGGAGAUGAUCGAACCGGGAGAAAUCAUCACCACACCGAUCCCGAUGAUAGAUGAAGAUCCGGCCGACAUCACCACGCCCAUUCCUCCGAAGGAGAUCGUACUGACCAAGAAGAAACAUUUCUUCAACGAAGCGGUCAAUACUUCGGUGAGCUCGGUGCACGUGCCUACCAAUGUGUACGAUAGAGCUGACGAAGUGAUCAAAGCGAUCAAGUGGUCCGAAGCGUUGGACUCGAUCUUCUACAACAACUACAUCGGAGAUCCAACGCUUACGUGGCAGUAUUUCUGCAGCUCGGAAGGCUUUCUGCGCCAAUUUCCGGCGACAAAAUGGGAGGAAGAUCCAGUCGAUCUGUACGACUGUCGGCUGCGUUCGUGGUAUAUAGAGGCGGCCAACAGUCCGAAAGAUGUCAUUAUCCUAGUAGACAGCUCGGGUUCCAUGACCGGCCAGCGGAAAGAUAUCGCUAAGCAUGUGGUAUCCAACAUCUUGGACACUUUGGGACCGAACGAUUAUGUGAACAUUUUCACGUUUUCCGAAGAAGUGACCGAAGUUGUUGGAUGCUUCCGCGAAACCCUGGUCCAAGCAAACAUGGGUAAUAUCCGAGAGCUGAAGCUAGGAAUGGAUAACAUCGAGACGACUGAGAUCGCAAACGUAUCGGCCGCGUUAACCAGGGCUUUCGAGCUACUGGAAACGUUCCGGGAGAGUCGUAAUGGGGCUCGCUGCAAUCAGGCUAUCAUGCUGGUUUCGGAUGGCGUGCCGUACAGCUUCGACGAAAUUUUCGAGCAGUUCAACUGGAAGGAGCUUCCGUUCAUUCCGGUUCGGAUAUUCACUUACCUGAUCGGUCGCGAGGUGGCCGACGUUAAGGAGAUUAAAGAGAUGGCGUGCAAAAAUCAAGGCUACUAUGUACAUCUCAGUACCCUAGCGGAGGUACGAGAAGAGGUUCUGAACUACAUUCCGGUUAUUGCGAGGCCACUAGUGCUGAACAAACGUGAACAUCCGGUGGUGUGGUCUGAGGUGUACGCUGAUGUUGAGGACCCGAAAAUGACAGAUUGGUUGUGGGAAAUUAAGGAGCGAGCCGAACAGAAGGAACGGUUCAUUGAUUACAGAAAAAAUCGCGUGAUUUUCUUCUCCCCGGAAGAACAGCAUCGACGUAUGAUAAUGAAACAGCGAAUGAACCAAGAUCCGUACUCCAACAACCAAAAAUACAACUUUAUGACAACCGUUUCGAUGCCUGUUUUCGAUCGUCGAGAAAACGCUAACAUCACCGAAGACAUCCUUGUCAAUGAGGCGUACUGGGUUACGAUCACACGUGAGACCAAAGUGGCUAAUCUUCUCGGAGUGGCGGGAGCCGAUGUACCAAUUGCUGAGAUCAAAAAGUAUCUCAAGCCUCAUUUGCUCGGAGUCAACGGAUACGCCUUCAUCGUUACGAAUAACGGCUUUAUUCUAACGCACCCCGAUUUCCGUCCAGUUUUCCAAGACAUUUUGAAACCAGCCUACAACACGGUCGAUAUGAUAGAGGUGGAGUUGACCGAUGACGACCGUGGACCACGAGACUUUAACCCUGCCUUAUUGCAUAUACGAGAAUCUAUAAUAAAUCAGUCUACCGGAGCAAAAUGGGUCCAUGUGAAGUAUCAUUUCGAUGAAAUGAAACGCGUUUCGCGUACCCGGCGCCAGUACUACUGGACGCCUAUCAAAAAUACACCAUUUACCUUGGUGGUGACCUAUCCGGAAACGCACGGGGUCAAUCGACUCCAGAUCCGUACGGAGGACGAAAUCCACCGUAUUCAUGCAAAGGGCAGUAACGUUGUCAACUUUUUUAGUGGCAUCAACUGGAAAAUUCAUCCCGACUGGGUGUACUGCAAAUAUCUCAACGAACACGUGAAUGAAUCGUUUGCCACACCCGAACUGGAGCUUAAACAUUUCCUGGAGCGCAUGAAACAGGGCGGCUGGAAGUGGCCGGCCCUUCGCACUCCACCACCACCGGAGCAUGCCAUGUUCUCUAACAUUUCAACCAGAAUACCUGAAAAGGACUACUAUUACUGUGAUCGAAAUUUGAUGCAAGCUCUGGUAUACGACGCUAAGGUGACGGAAUGGUUUUCCGCCAAUUCUAGCAGCGGCGGAGCCGGAAACAAGGAUGAAAAGGAUGGCCCUAGUCCAAUUGCCGUUCUGAUGGGCCUAUUGCCAAGAGCUGAGUUGAGACAGCGUUACGGGAUCACUGUUUCAUUUCUAGCUACACACAGUGGACUCACCAGGUGGCAGGACCAUAUGAAUGAGCCCAAACAGUCGGAGCCUGAUUUUAGUGAAACCAAUAAUCGAGCGAUUGAUGAGAUUUGGUACAAACGGGCAGUCGAGUUGUACUAUAACAACAAAAAUAAGAAAAGUUCUGAUGGAAAUGGGAAAGAUGAUGCUUACAAGAGCAGCUACGUGUACUCGGUACCGUUCGAUGCAGGAAACAGGAACGAUACUUUGGUGACGGCUAGCAAUGCAAUCUUCCACACGGACGGUGGCAAGGAGACUCCGGUCGCAGUGGUUGGCUUCCAGUUCCAUCACUCGGCCAUGUAUACUCUGUUCAAAACCACCACAAGCCAGUGUCUGCACAGUGAUCAUCAAUGUGAAAAGACGUGCUUUACUGGUGACUUCCAGUGCUACGUAAUCGAUAACAACGGAUUUGUUGUGAUCAGCGAACAGCUACAGGAAACGGGGGCUUUCUUCGGUGAGGUGAAACCGGCGUUCAUGCAAAGGCUGAUCGACGAUGGGAUCUUCAAAAAUGUCACCAUCUACGACUAUCAGGCGGUGUGCUUUGUGGCGAAGCACAUCUUCAAUAUGGCCAGCAUAAUACAGACGCCGCUGAAACUGAUAUGGUGGUUGAUGACGAAUGCUGUGUCGUAUAUUUUCUGGGUUAUGUAUCAGAUGUUCCUCACAAUUGUACAAGCUUAUGAUGAAGUAAUAUAUGACAGCAGCGCGUACGAUGUUGUUGCGGAAAUGGGUGAUCUCGAGGAUCCCACAGCCGGACGCUACAAAGAGCCGGAGUUUAAUAAGGUUUUGAUUAACCGAACACGGCCGGAACCGUGCGACCAUGUCAUUACUUUAUACGAGCUGAACAACGACAUCGAUCCAGCCGUGUACCGAAAGGAUGCUCAUCAGUGUGAGCGACCAUAUGUCGUAGUGCCAAUCCCCUCCAGUAACCUUAUACUGCUAGUACUGGACACUCUGUGUCCGCUGCCAAGUCAGGUGCCACAGAUAACAACGUGGCCAGUCGAACACGACUACAAUGACACAUUAGCUUGCCAUAAAGCACGCAAUGCGGAGCUUCCCCGGAGGCGUCCUCUAACCUGCAUCAACAAGCAUGCAAAUGAAAGUGUGAUAGAACUCUGCGGACGAGGAACUCUUAUCGGCUCAAACAUGGCACUCCUGGCAGCCACGGUGCUGUUAGUACAGCUCUACAUUAGCCGCGAUUAA